CCAAAGUAUGCUCUCUUUUCUGAAUGAUUAAGCCAAGCUUCUCAUAACAUUUCACUAGCAGGUAGGGCCAUGACAGACUGCUAACAACAAAGUGAAUUCUGCUGUGAAAAAACAGAAAAAAAAUGGGAAAAGGAGAAAGUGAUGAUUCCGAAGAUAUGCAAAGAAAAGAAAAAGCGAAGAUUCAACUCAAAAGAAAUAUAGGUUAUUUUGAUGGGGUAAGUUUUAUUAUAGGAACAAUUGUCGGGGCAGGUAUCUUUGUGUCUCCCACAGGGGUGUUAAAGCAUUCCUUACUCAAUGUUGGCAUCGCACUAAUAAUCUGGACUGCAUCUGGGCUGGUUUCUCUGAUGGGUUCCCUCUGCUAUGCAGAACUUGGAACCUCUCUGCCCUUCUCUGGAGGAGAAUAUAGCCAUAUUAAAAGAGGCCUUGGAUCCCUCCCCGCCUUUGUGUUUAUCUGGACGUCAACAUUUACCAAACCAGCAUUAAAUGCUGCUCGAGCCUUGCUGUUUGCUGAGUACGCCACCCAGCCCUUCUAUGGCAUUUGCCCUCCACCAGAAGUGCUGAAAAAAUGCUUGGCCUUGGCCGUUCUCUGGUCCCUGGGGAUUUUGAAUGGCUGCAGUGUCAAAAUGGCUGCGUGGGUGCAGACAGUUUUCACUCUGCUGAAGAUGAUGGCCUUGUCUGUAAUUGCUGUCGGCGGCAUUGUUCUCCUCAUUGCAAGGCAAAAGGAGAGUCUGGCCAGAUUUGAGGACUUGUUCGGCUCAGAGAUCCCCAACGCUUCGCAGGUUGCUGAAGCCUUCUUCCAAGGACUGUACGCAUAUGGAGGCUGGUGGUCCCUCAAUUAUAUGGCAGAGAUGAAAAACCCCAGCAGAAAUAUCCCAUUAACUGUGAUGACUGCGGUUCCUGCAGUAAUUGUUUUUUAUUUACUGGUGAACAUCUCAUAUCUGACUGUCCUCACACCUAAGGAAAUUGUCUCCUCAGUUGCUGUGGCAGUCACUUGGGCUGAUCGAGUUAUCCCCUCUGUUGCCUGGAUCAUUCCUCUCUGUGUUGCUGUCUCAAUAUUUGGUGCCCUCAACAGCAGCAUGUUCACACUAGGUCGAUUAAGCUAUGCUGGAAGUCAGUCAGGACAUUUACCUGUUUUAAUAUCCAUGCUUAAUGUCCACUCCUGUACUCCAGCACCAGCCAUGAUUUUUUCAACCACCAUUGCAUCCAUUUUUAUCAUCCCCUCUGACCUUAUUAUGUUAACAAAUUACUUUGGAUUUUCUGCCUGGCUUAUGAUUGGACUGACUUGUGCAAGCCUGAUUGUACUUCGAUACCGGGAACCUCAUCUACAUCGACCAUACAAAGUGUUUUUGCCAGUUCCAUUUGUGAUGGUGGCAGUGUCUUUCUUCCUAGUUUCAGCUCCCAUAGUCUGGUCUCCCAAUCUGCAAUAUAUUUACGCUUUCUUGUUUAUGCUGGGAAGUCUUAUUGUUUAUCUGCCUUUUAUACAUUUUAAAUUACAUUUUGCGUUUCUUGAUAAAAUUACUUGUCACUUACAGCUGCUGUUAGAAGUCUCUCCUCCUGAUGGAUCUGCUGAGGGCAAAUGUGAAUAAUGGCAGAUGUUGAAUCCUGGCACAACUAAGACCCAACACAGGACUUUGUUUAACUGAGAGUGUAAACAGUACAAGUUAGAUGUUAGGUGUGAAAAACAGGUGUUCAUGCAUGUAUAGAUAUAUACAUACAUAGAUGAAUAUACAUACGUCGCAUUCAUAUAUGCAUACAUGCAUUUAUAUAUAUAUAUACAUGCACAUAUAUAUAUACAUGCACAUAUAUAUAUGUAUGGGCAUUAGCAUAGUAAGUUAAUACGUAGAUAUUUGUGUGUGUCUGUGUAUAUACAUAAUAGGUGCAAAGGAUCUCUUAAACUUGUAAAAUCUGUAAAAUGCUCUCUCUUGCUCCUGAAAACACACUUAAAAGUUGCACAUAGUCUUGCAAUAAUAAAAAUGACUCAAUUACAGCAUACAUAAUUAUCAAUAUUAUAAUACAAUAAAUGAGUAAAUACAUACUUAACAGCAUCAUAUAAAUAUACUUUUAGAAUCUGAACUAAAUUGUCUGGAUUAUUCUUAGUUUGAAGUAGCUCAUUUGUUAGAACUUCUGGUUUUAAAGCCUUUACACUUCUGUUCAUCUGAUUUUUUUUCCUGAAUUUAUUUUCAAUAAAAACCUUUGAAGAACAUCA